AUGGGCUGGAGCAAACGGGGCAAUGGGCGCAGUUAUAACAGUCUCAACGGCUAUGCGACCAUCAUUGGAUUUCUAACCGGUAAAGUGUUAGACUUUACCACGCGAAAUAGAAAAUGUCGGCUAUGUGAUCGCGGUCAUGAUAAGAGUGAUCAUGAUUGUCGAAAAAAUUUCGAAGGUAGCGCAAAAGCUAUGGAGCUUGACGCUGGUGCAUCACUAGUCAACGAGAGUGAUAUUCUUAACAAUAAUGAUAUUCAAAUAAGAGUACUGAUAGGCGAUGAAGAUAGUUCCACCAUAGCAAAUGUUCGCCGAGGAACUGGAAAAGAAAUUUUUAAGUUUGCUGAUACUAAUCACUUAAAAAAACAUUUUGUCGGGGACUUAUACAACAUACAGAAGAAUUAUAAAGAGAUGAAGAAGAAAGGUACGAUUGCUCAUUUGAAGAAAUGCUUCAAUUAUGCGAUCCAACAAAAUAAAGGAAAGCCUGAACAACUGGCGUUUAAUUUGCGUAGUAUUCUACACCAUGUUUUCGGGCAACAUGAGAAUUGUGGUACAUGGUGUACUCGUAAAUCUUUGAAUCAUAAUAAAUCUCAAACUAUCUUGUUAAAAGAUAGUGAACUUUAUAAUCAGUUGUUGAAAAUUUUUAAUAAAUAUGCAGACAAUGCAGCCAAAUUUGCAGUCGGCGCUUCGAGCCAAGCAAACGAAAGUAUAAAUAAUACAAUGGCUCAUAGAGCCCCUAAAAAUAUGUGCUAUAGUCUUAGCGAAUCAGCCGACUACCGUUUUGCUAGUACAGUGUGCAGGUUUGAAAAAAAUGCGGAUAUCCUUCAAAUAGCAGCCAAAUUUAAUAACGAUAAGUUCAAUGUUUAUAUAAAACCCACCAAAGACAUUCAUCCUUGUGCAACUCAAGUUACUGGUUUGCGUCAAAUAAACGCUCAUAAUGUUAAAUUUGAUGCAGGCCAUUUGGUGAGAGCAAUUAUAAAACAUUCUGUGAUUCUUGCAUUUCAAAAUAUUGUCGGAUUCGUUGAUACAUUAGCAAUAUUUAAAAAAAUGUUUUCUAAAAGAAAAGAUUUAGAGGGUUUUAAGCUAAGUAAAUUAGCUAAUGACAUUGCAACAGAAACAUCGAUUCCGAUGGAUAACAAGGAUCAAAAGAGUGAAAAUGAAUGUUCCAAAACUAAAAGAUGCCGGUUUACUUAUCAAGAAAAAGCAGAAAUAUUGAAAGAUUUACAGAAUCAAUCCGUUCAAUCAGUAUUAAAAAAACAAGGAAUUAAUGAACGGACACUAAGAAGAUGA